AUGUCGGAAAACAACCGCACAGAAGCGGGACAGGGAAACGCCAGGCGCGCUCUGGACUCGGGGACGCGCCCCGCCUGGGCGAUAGCGCUGCUGGCCAGCGUGCUCAUCUUCACCACCGUAGUGGACGUGCUGGGAAACUCACUGGUCAUCAUUUCUGUCUUACGAAACCGUAAACUGAGAAACGCAGGUAACGUGUUUGUGGUGAGCCUGGCUUUCGCCGACCUGGUGGUGGCCUUCUACCCGUAUCCACUGGUCCUCUACGCUCUAUUCCACGACGGAUGGUCGCUGGGGGACACGCAGUGCAAGGUGAGCGGCUUCCUCAUGGGCCUGAGUGUGAUCGGCUCGGUGUUCAACAUCACCGCCAUCGCUCUGAACCGCUACUGCUACAUCUGCCACAGUUUCGCCUACGAACGCCUGUACAGUUUCCGCAACACGCUGCUGCUCGUGGCGCUCAUCUGGAUGCUGACCGUGCUGGCCAUCCUACCCAACUUCUUCGUGGGCUCUCUGAGCUACGACGCCCGGGUCUACUCGUGCACGUUCACACAGACGGCCAGCAGCUCGUACACUGUCGUGGUGGUGGUGGUGCACUUCCUGGUGCCCAUAGCGGUCGUGACCUUUUGCUACCUGCGCAUCUGGGUGCUGGUUAUCCGGGUUCGGCGCAAAGCCAAGAAGGAGGAACGUGUCAGGGUGCGACCCAGCGACCUGCGCAACUUCGUUACCAUGUUCAUCGUGUUUGUGCUGUUCGCCAUAUGCUGGGCGCCGCUCAACUUCAUCGGCCUGGUGGUGGCCGUUAACCCUGAGGUCAUGGCGCCCCGAAUUCCUGAGUGGCUGUUUGUGGUCAGUUACUUCAUGGCGUACUUUAACAGCUGCCUCAAUGCCAUCAUUUAUGGACUCCUGAACAGGAAUUUUCGCAGUGAAUACAAGCGCAUCGUGACGUCGGUGUGGCUGCCGAGGCUGUUCGUAUCCGAGACGUCCAGGGCAGCGACGGACGGCGUACGGAGCAAACCUUCGCCGGCCAGGGUGAACAACAUGCUGGUGAAAAUAUCUGCUCACCUGCAAGAAGGUCCUGGCUUCAUCAUCAACAACAAUAUCCCCUCCGCCUCCACCGCCUCCAUUUCCAACACCGGACUCAGUUUCGCUGCCACUCUCAAUUGCUCUUAA